AUGAUCAACCUAGAGAAGCUGAACACCGGCCUCACGCGAGUGGCAAGUGUCAAAAAGUACCCCGUCACACGGCCGCAGCAGUUGCCGCGGAAGACGAAAGGUCGCGUCUUUCGUCUGGGUGUGCUGCACAGCAAAGAAAUGACAGAGGCGAUGCUGCUGCGAAAUCGACGUGGUUUUGUGAACAGCCAGGUGAAUACUGUUGCCCAUGCCCCCUCCAUGUACCACUGGCUAUUUCACCGCUGCGGUAUACCCUUUGAAGAGACACAGGAGUUAGUGAUGUCCGGCGGAUUAACCGUCGAUGGCGUGGCCAUUGACCGUUCCAGAUUAGAAUCACAGAUGGAGUGGGCGGCGCUGCGGAAAUUAGACAUUCGCAUACGGGUAGAGGCAUCUACGGCAGACCGGACAUCUGGCCCCACGCUAGACAACUGGACGAAUACUGAGGAUAGCCGUAAGGGUGGCAGUAGUGGUUGUGCGACGGUCAUGUGGGUGCCUGCAAUGAAGCGAGCGUUGCACCGGCAGUACUUCUUCGUUUACCUGCACCCAGGCGUAUCUAUCACAUCAGAUCAAACAGACCCACGUUCUUUUGUGCACCGCCUCACUCCGCUUGUGGGCAAAGUUGCCGGAAUCGGCAUGAACAUCCUUCGGCCGAUUGGUUUCAUGAAUGGAAUGAAGGGUCUCGGCUUGGCAACAAACGAUGUGUCUAUGGUGCGGUAUUGGAACAAUGAAUUUCUUGGGAAUUUUGGCGUCUACGAUAUCCGCUUUGCUCGCGGCGUGCCCUCUGAGGUCGUCCAGAGACUCGCCGACGAGGUCAACGAGGUGUUGGACGAGGGUAUUCGGAAGCAGUUGUCGAAGGAUGUCAAAGUGCCCUGCACGUGUACGCUGGAGCCCGUACUGACCUCAGCCAAACACCAGCACAACCACAAAGGUGACUUUGUGGCUGGACUCUACUCCAAGCCACUGCACAACGAACGGUUAAUCGUACGUAGCCCGCUCCUUCCGUACCGCGUGGCACGCAAGGUGCGCCGUGUUGGGGGCUUCGUCACAAUGGUGCGCUCUGGCCCCUUUGCACUUCCCCCCCUUCUGCCUCAGACGAAGCAACGGCCCUUGUCGCCGCAGGAGCUAGCGCUCAUGUUCACAUUCGAGCGCAGACUCAAGACAAACCGCGUGGUGCUUAGUCUCCGUGAAUUUGAUGCGGAUAGUGAUCUUGACGGUGUCGAUCCUGGCGUCAUUUUACCUUUUGCAUGA